AUGACUGCAGCUCCUACCAACCAAGCCGCCAAAACACAGUCCAAAUUCCCUCCCCCAAAGACGGACAAGCCCCGACCACAUGUUUGUGGCACCUGCGGCCGUUCAUUCGCGAGACUGGAGCAUCUUAAACGCCACGAACGCUCGCAUACCAAGGAGAAGCCUUUUGAGUGCCAGGAGUGCAAAAGAUGUUUCGCCCGUCGAGACCUGCUUCUGCGACACCAACAGAAGCUGCACUUCACGAACAACCCGUCCAGUCGACCGAAGAACAACAGGCGCGAGAGUACUAGCGGACCCGUCAACGGAGGCCGUGUGAGAAAAGGUUCAAUAGCCAAUGCUGGUACUGCCACUACAAAUGCAGGGGGCAGACCUCGAGCAAACACACUCGGCCAUUUGGAUCUGGGAUCCCUCGGAUUGAUGGGAGUCGUUCCGGUUGAUGCACAAAGGCCCACCCAUGCCAGUAUGGCUCACCACCGCAUGAGCAUGAACAAUCAACAGCGCCCCUCAAACUUGGACCUCAAUGGUACAAACAGUAUGACACAUCCCGGGAUGAAUCAACAAGAUGGUUUCGACCUUUCUCGUGUUGAUACCCAUACUUCUCACAUAGAUUUUGGCGAACCCUUGACGCACAUCCAUACGGCGCCGGCAUAUACAAGCAUGCAACCAAGCGAGCUGGAACAACUCUUCACCCCAGGAGGAAAUACAGUAAAUCCUGCUCAAUUGCACUUUGCUGCUUCGACAGCAUCGCAGCCUGUUAAUCUCCAAAAUUUCCACAUGAACCAAUUCGAUCUGUUCGGUCAAGGCGAUGAUUUUGCGUGGAUGAGAGACUGGGAUUCAGCACAAAUGCAAUCGCAUACCAACAACGAGGCCAUCGAUCAGUCAUCGCCAUCACAAUUCAGUACUGCUAGCCAGAGUGGUUAUUCCGAGACUGUAGCCGAUAAUCCUUUCCAUAUCAAUCUCUCCCAAGCUGGCUGGAAUCCGAACGACAUGCAGGCUCUAAUGACUCCCGGUGCGCUCAACCUGGACAUCCUUAGUACAGGCCUGCCAUCUAUUGAUCCUCCAUUGAACACAAUUUCGCCGCAAAACUUGCAUGAUCCGUCUUCAACAAACGAUCCCAAGUUGGACACUCUCAUGAUGCACUCUGGCGUGUCUGACUCACUAAGUGGCAUGCAUUUCAACCAAUUUCAGCAACCAACCCUUUCCAAUUUUGAUUCCGACAGCCCUAGCAUCUCAUCGUCAUCAGUACCAGACAGUGCGAGGCAAAGCUCCGUGACCUCCAUCUCCACAGAUUCCAUCACAGAUGCCACUCGUCAAGCCUUGCUCCAGAGUCUCUCACAACAAUCCGCCUUCAGUCACAGAAAGUUCUCGCAGCCAUCCGUUAGUUCGCCUCUAUCGCCCAGACCCCAAGGACCGAAUCUCCCUUCUACUGCCGAUUUGCAGCGUUACAUCAAUGCGUAUAUCCAGUACUUCCACUCCCACCUACCGUUCCUUCACAUACCCACAUUAUCUUUUGACUCGCCCGAAUACACGAUGAAUCUUCGAAGCGCCGGCUCUCAGGUCUCGGCCAGCCAUACUGGCGUAGUUGGUGGUGGCGGCUGCCUCAUCCUCGCCAUGGCUGCAAUCGGCGCCUUGUAUGAGUACGAUCACCAGGCCUCAAAAGAGUUGUUCGACUCAGCGAAGAAGAUGAUUCAACUCUAUCUCGAAGAGCGCCGCAAGGCCGACAUGUCUGCAGCUGUCAAUGGCGGGCAAUACUUCAGCACGGAAAAUUCUUCGCACAACACACCAUUGUGGUUGGUCCAAGCGAUGCUGCUGAAUGUCAUUUACGGUCACUACUGUGGUGACAAGACUGCAGCUGAUAUUGCGAGCAACCACUGCGCAGCAUUAGUCAGUCUCGCCCGUGCUGCGGAACUAGCACAUCCAGCCAGCAGCCACGAAAAUUUCGGGGAUAUCAAAGACGAGAAGCCAGAUGUUAACAUGGAAGAUGGUUCUUCGCCAUUGAAUGGCCACACAACUAUCCAUCUUCAGUGGUUGAAGUGGAAAGAAGUAGAAGAGCGCAAAAGGACGCUUUUCGCUAUCUUCAUACUCUCCAGUUUGCUUGUGAUCGCAUACAAUCAGACACCAGCCAUCACCAACUCAGAGAUUCUCCUUGCGCUACCUUGCGAUGAGGAGCUCUGGACAGCAGAUAGUGCUCGAGAGUGGGCUGCCAGAGGCGGUGCUCAAGCAGCCGAAUCCAGUGCCACACCAUUUUCUGCAGCAUUGAGUGAUCUAUUGACAGCCAAUCAAAGACAACAAAACAUGUAUAUCUACAACAGAUACAGCCCCAAUGGUGACUCGAAUGGAGUGGGUAGCCAGCUCCGACCAAGCACCUUUGGAUGCCUGAUCUUGAUCAAUGCUCUUCACAACUACAUCUGGGAGACAAGAAGCAGGCAUAUUGGACGCCAGUGGACAGCUCAAGAAACCGAGUCUAUGGUGGCUCACAUCGAGCCGGCGUUGAAUGCGUGGCAAGCUGCAUGGAAGGCCAAUGAUCGUCAUAAGCUGCAGCGACCGAAUCCUUUCGGUUUAGGUCCUUUGGCCGCUGACAGUAUCCCUCUACUGGACUUGGCCUUUGUAAGGCUUUUCGUCAACCUUGGACGUUCGAAAGAGGCUUUCUGGCAGCGCGACUUUGAAGCCAUGUCAGAAGAGCUAGCCUGUGGAAUCGAUAUUGCACAGACAGGUUCACCUGAUCACACAUCAAACGGCUCGUCUGCAGACUCGCCAGGCUUCUUGCAAGGUGCUUAUUCACACGGUCAAGCACAAUCGUCGGGACAAAGCUCCAAGCGCGAACGCCAUCUGCGGAAGGCGGCCUUCUAUGCCGCUGAUUCGCUUGUCAUCUCGUCCAAAUGCAAUUUGACGUUCGCAGAUUCUUCUGCUCAUGAGCUACCCAUCCAAUCAGCUAUAUGCUUCCUCGACUGUGCCCAAGUGCUGGCCGAAUGGGAGACCACUGUCCAGGAGCGCAUUGGUCGAUAUGUUGGCGUGCUGGGUCAGGCAGAUGUAGAUUACGGUCAAGUGCCUGCCGUCAUGCUGCUCGACACUGAAGACGUGGAGCUCUUGACCAAGAUGGAAAGCAUUUGUACUGUGAUGGAGGAGAAGAUGGCCAUGCAAGCCAAGAUGCUCGCUCACGAAAUGGACACUCUAGAUCCUAAUAAUUCCAUGGGCAUUCCAUCGCCACUAGAAAGGCUCAAUGGAUUGUCGAAGUGCGGACUCGGCAGUAGAAUCUUGCGCAUGACUGCGCAGAUGCUUGAGAAGGCAGCUGUUUGGCCUGUGACCCACGUAAUGGCUAGUGCCCUAGAAACACAAGCAGCCCAUGCAGAUCGCCGUGCCGAGUCUUCUGUCACUGCUGUGGCCUAG